AGAGAUUGCGGCGGCACCCCCAAAUGGGCAGUAACGCUAAAGGUAAGACCGUCGUUUGGCGGAGGACUAGAUUGUGGCAACCCUGGGAUGUAGGGAGAAAAACAUUUCUUUCCUCGCAGUCUGCAUUACAUAUGGCUUAGUGAAUGUCGCUGGGGAUGCGCCAUUUUGAUGUUUAUUACUAAUUAAGCAAUUAUUAUGUAACCUUCUUUAAAUAUUAAAUUAAGCUUAAAUAUUAUGGCUAGCUGGUGAUUAUACAUUAUUUUAUUUAAAACGUAUUUUCUUCUUUUUAGGCACGUUGUACCCCACGUGCCUCAUUGGUGACCCUUAAUUCUGUUCUCGCUUCUUCUGAUUUUUUUAUUCGAUCUGUUAUAAUCUUUCUUUAAACGCAACAGCUAUGCCUAAUUUUUAUAAAAAUACAUUAUAUAAUGAAAUUUAAUCGCUAUCCUCUGUUUAUUUUCUUUCUAUUUACUAAUUAUGUGCACAUGGAUACACACGAGGAUUAUCGUUUCAUUGCGGAAAUUUACAGUUUGCAUCCUCCUAUCUUGAAACAUAGUCUUGAAACUAUCUUGAAAAGAGACUACACGUUUUUGGUCCGUGCUAUUCUAUAUGGCGGCGCUACUGCUACUCUUACCAAUGCGUCAAGAUUGGAGAAUGGAUUGGAAGUACCUAGCCACCGGUGCAAGUUUCGGAGAGUUGUAUUUCUGCUGGGCAAAACAACUAUGAGAAACAUAGUUAGAGAGACAUGCAAACAUCUGUGGACGGUUUUAGCUCCCAUUUUUAUGGCACCUAAGACGGAAGAGGAUUGAAAAGCAAUAGCCGAGUAAUUUUUCGAGAUUACAAAUUUCCCAAAUUGUCUAGGUGCCAUAGAUGGGAAGCACAUGCGAAUUGAAAAGCCUGAAGGAACAGGAUCACAGUUUUUCAAUUAUAAGGGAUAUCAUUCAAUUGUGCUAUUGGCCCUAAUUUAUGUGCAUGUGCUGCAAAGUGCUGUUUCACGGCAGUGGAUGUUGGAGCCUUUGGUUCCGCAAGUGAUUCGGCGGUUUUUUGAGCCUCGAAUUUCGGCAAAAAAUUGAAAGCCAAAAGUCUCAACAUUCCAAGUGUGGAAACUCUGCCAUUCGACAGAGACGGUGAAAAAAUGCCUUUCGUCAUUGUAGGUGACGAGGCUUUCGGUUUGUCACAAGACGUACUACGGCCUUUUCGAGGCAAAGAGCCUUUAACUACCGCCUUACUACCUUAGGGUGGUUGAGUGCUCAUUUGGUAUCUUAGCUAAAAAAUUUUAUCGAUGUGGGGAUAGAGUUUGCUAUAGAAAUUGUAAUGGCAGUCAGCAUUUUGCAUAAUUUUGUAAGACACUUCGAUGUGAUCGAGGAAGAAAAAGAAUUGUCUCUUUGUUCCAUGAGCAGUAUUAGAAUUCAGGGAGAAAAUAAUACUGCCAUUGGGGGCUCUGACAAUAUAAAAGAAUAUUUUGCCGAGUACUUUGUAUCACCCUCUGGCUCCGUCUCU